AUGUGGAAAUCCAUACCAAAUGUGCAAGCAAAGAUUGUGCAAGCGACGCUGGAUCGAUACAACCAGCUCUCAAAGCAAGGAAAGCCAAUUUUGCAUGAAAAAAAGGCCGAAUGGACAGUGCUGGCCUCAAUUGUUAUGAUUCAUUGCCCAAGUAGGGAUGAUUAUUCCAUCAAGGUCAUAUCUUUAGGAACUGGUCUCAAAUGUUUGCCGUUUAGUAAAUUGUGCAAAACGGGUGAUGUAUUAAACGAUGGUCAUGCAGAAACCAUUGCUCGCAGAGGAUUCAUAAAAUAUUUGCUGGAGACCUACACUAAACAAGACAGCUCUCCGUUCAUCAAGCAGGAUGGCGGCCAUCAGCUGGAAUUACGUCCACAGUACUCGCUUCACAUGUACGUGAGUCAGUCGCCCUGCGGCGAUGCGUCCAUGUCGGCAUUGGCUCUUGGGCAAUCCAAGGAAUCCAAAGACAUUUUUGAAGCUGGCAAAAAACGCAAACGCACGACAUUGGAAGACUACCCAUAUUUCACUGAAAAUAUUUAUGCAAAUAAAAAGCUGAAAAUGACUGAAAAUGAUGCUCAUCAGGAUCAACAUUCAAGCAAGCAGUUUCAAAGAGGUCGAUUCGAUUUCAAUCAGCUUGGCAUUUUGAGAACUAAACCAGGCCGACUUGACUCCGAACCCUCGCUGUGCAUGUCAUGUAGCGAUAAACUGGCAAGAUGGAACGUAUUAGGUUUGCAAUCUGCCUUGCUCUCCAAUGCCUAUAAGCCAAUGUACCUUGAUUCCAUCACUGUGGGUGACAUGUUUGAUCGGGAAGCGUUAGAAAGAGCACUGCAUGGAAGAAUGGCCGCCAUCAAAGAUCUGUCAGAACCAUACAAGCUAAAUCACCCAGUCAUUGCAUCCACUGAUAUACCAUUCAUCCAUUCUAAAUCACAUCUCGAGUCUACUGGCAAAUACCAAGCGGUUGUGUCAUGCGGCACAUCCUUGUCCUGGGUGGUGGGUGCGGAGAAAGCAGAGGUAUUUGUCAAUGGUGGCAAACAAGGUGCUCCCAAGAACAAGCCUGUAAAUGACAAAACCAGACCCUCUCUGUGUAAAAAGAGCUUGUACCAGAAAUCAGUAGCCAACGGUUUGAUUCAAGAUGGCACGCUCUCUUAUUAUGAUUGCAAACAAAAUGCUACCAUGUAUCAGCAGACCAAAGCUUGCUUACUGGAUCAAGUGUUUGAUAUGUGGAUCCAAACACCACAAGAGUAUGAAAGGUUUACGCUGUAA